CGAUUGUUUUAAAGGGGACUUUUGAGCCGUUUCAUCUGCAAAAGAACAUCUGGAGACACGGGAAUAGAAGUGAUCCGAUUGGAGUGAUUAAAGGCUUUGCGGAGCUUCGUGUCCCAAGCAGGACACGCUCAGUCAGCCUGCAGCCGCGAAGCCAUCUUCCCCCAUAAGGAGCCUAGAAAGAUUGUGCGAUGAAUGGUGAUACUCGAGCCGUCGUGGUGACCUCACCACCCCCGACCACAGCCCCUCACAAGGAGAGGUACUUCGACAGAGUGGAUGAGAACAAUCCAGAAUACCUGCGAGAGAGGAACAUGGCCCCAGACCUUCGCCAGGACUUCAACAUGAUGGAACAGAAAAAGAGGGUGUCCAUGAUUCUGCAGAGCCCCGCCUUCUGUGAAGAAUUGGAAUCAAUGAUACAGGAACAAUUUAAGAAGGGGAAGAAUCCCACAGGCCUGUUGGCAUUACAGCAGAUUGCAGAUUUCAUGACCGCCAAUGUACCCAGCGUCUACCCGGCAGCCCCACAGGGAGGGAUGGCAGCCUUGAACAUGAGUCUUGGUAUGGUAACUCCUGUGAAUGACCUUAGAGGAUCUGAUUCGAUUGCCUAUGACAAAGGGGAGAAAUUACUGAGGUGUAAAUUGGCAGCGUUUUACAGACUAGCAGAUCUCUUUGGAUGGUCUCAGCUUAUCUACAAUCAUAUCACAACCAGAGUGAGCUCCGAGCAAGAACACUUCCUCGUUGUACCUUUUGGACUUCUCUACAGUGAAGUGACUGCAUCCAGUUUGGUGAAAGUCAGUCUGCAAGGAGAUAUCAUAGACCGUGGAAGCACUAACCUGGGAAUAAAUCAGGCCGGCUUCAUGUUACAUUCUGCCAUUUAUGCUGCACGACCCGACGUGAAGUGCCUUGUGCACAUUCACACAGCAGCGGGGGCUGCGGUCUCGGCGAUGAAAUGCGGCCUCUUGCCCAUCUCUCCGGAGGCGCUUUCCCUUGGAGAAGUGGCUUACCAUGAUUAUCAUGGCAUUCUGAUUGACGAGAAGGAAAAAGUUUUAAUUCAGAAAAAUUUGGGGCCUAAAAGCAAGGUCCUUAUUCUCCGGAACCAUGGGCUCGUGUCUGUCGGAGAGAGCGUCGAGGAGGCCUUCUACUACAUCCAUAACCUCGUGGUUGCAUGUGAGAUCCAGGUUCGAACUCUGGCCAGCACAGGAGGGCCAGACAACUUAGUCCUCCUGGAUCCUGGGAAGUACAAAGCCAAGUCCCGUUCCCCGGAGUCCCCGGCAGGGGAGGGCACCGGAUCACCUCCCAAGUGGCUGAUUGGUGAGCAGGAGUUUGAAGCCCUCAUGCGGAUGCUUGAUAAUCUGGGUUACAGGACUGGCUACCCUUACCGAUACCCGGCUCUGAGAGAGAAGUCUAAAAAAUGCAGCGACGCCGAGGUCCCUGCUGGUGUCGCAGGUCACUCCUUUGCUAGUGACGGCGAUUCAGGCACUUGCUCCCCUCUCAGACACAGUUUUCAGAAGCAGCAACGCGAGAAGACAAGAUGGCUGAACUCUGGCCGGGGCGACGAUGCCUCUGAGGAAGGGCAGAAUGGAAGCAGCCCCAAGUCGAAGACUAAGGUGUGGACGAACAUUACACACGAUCACGUGAAACCCUUGCUGCAGUCUCUCUCGUCCGGUGUCUGCGUGCCAAGCUGUAUUACCAACUGCUUGUGGACUAAAGAGGAUGGACAUAGAGCUUCCACCUCUGCUGUCCCUAACCUGUUUGUCCCAUUGAACACGAACCCGAGAGAGGUCCAGGAGAUGAGGAACAAGAUCCGAGAGCAGAACUUGCAGGACAUUAAGACGGCCGGGCCCCAGUCCCAGGUUUUGUGUGGUGUAGUGAUGGACAGGAGCCUCGUCCAGGACGCCCCCCUGUCUGACUGUACGGAGACAAUCGAAGGGCUCGAGCUCACAGAGCAGACCUUUAGUCCUGCUAAGUCUCUCUCUGUUAGAAAGGGGGAGCUGGUGACAGCCUCCAAGGCCAUUAUCGAGAAGGAGUACCAGCCCCACGUCAUCGUGAGUACCGCAGGCCCCAACCCCUUCACCGCGCUGACGGACCGGGAGCUGGAGGAAUACCGCAGGGAGGUGGAGCAGAAGCAGAGGGGCCCCGGAGAGAGUCUGGACGAGACGACGGAGCAGAGAGACGGCAGUCCGCCGGAGCCCCCUGCCGCUCCGCACACUCCCCCCAGCACCCCUGUUAAGCUGGAGGAAGACCUGCCGCAGGAGCCCGCUUCCGGAGACGACAGUGAUGCCGCCACUUUCAAGCCAACUCUCCCCGACCUGUCCCCUGAUGAGCCUUCAGAAGCGCUUGGCUUCCCAGCCCUGGAGAAGGAGGAGGAAGAGGGGCUUUGUGAAGCCCGUGGCCCUCCCGGCCCCACCAGGCCCCCCGCGGCGGCUAGCCCCGAGCCGGUCGCAGCCCAGGCGGCUGAAGAGGCUGCCUCCCCAGCGGCCGAGGACGGGGCUGCCGUGGAUCCUGGCAGCGAUGGGUCUCCAGGCAAGUCCCCGUCCAAGAAGAAGAAGAAGUUCCGCACCCCCUCCUUCCUGAAGAAGAGCAAGAAGAGGGGCGACUCCUGAAGGCCCGUCCCGCGCAGACCCAUGCCACCGGACCGUCCCCGCCUGUGCCCCCCGCUGUCUUCUCGUGUAAUGGAAUGCAAAAAGCCCACCCCUCCGCAUAGCUAGAGCCCCUUCCCGCCAUGGCCAACGCCCACGCAGAUGGGUGCUGACCUGCCCCCGGCCCUCAGCCUCAGGUCCCAGGGAGACCCAGCCCACGUCCACCUCCGUACUGUCUCACUGUUCCUCGGUGACGUGCUCUUGAGAGGCGUUCAGCCACGGUUCUGGCCAGACUGUCAGAGGCUCUGUGGUCUGGCCUUGACCCCUCUUGCUCUCCUGUCGUGCAGUGACCCAUGCUGUCUGCUAGGCUCCCCUUCACCCCAAGGUCUCAGGUGACUGCUGAAUCAGAUGUGUAGCUUCCUGCCGGCGCUGUCUGCCCAGUGAUCUCUCUUGGUUCACACACACAAGGCCUCAGUCCUGUGAAAACACCGUGUGCCUGCCAGCGGCCCAGGGCACCGUGGCGGCCUUUGGGAGGCGGGUCUGGGCCGAGCUGGAAACCCCAGCAGCGGACGGGCCUGUGUGCAGCCAAUGCCACCUAUGCAUGGUCUAACCGGUUACCCCGCAGCCAGGAACGAUUCAGGGCUCACAGCUCCUCACUCACUGGGGUCCUCAGGAAGGGAAGAGUCUUUUCUAGAAUUUUCUUUCAGCACAUGUGCGGUUCACCCCACACUUCUGUGAAUACGAAUGGCCACUUUUUGCUUUCGUUCUCUCUGGGGCCUGCUGCAGAGCAGCGGUCACCUGUUGUGGGGGAGGUUUCAGAACUGAGAGGGCUCUACUCCUACUGUAACUCAGCCCGAGCGACACCGUGGCUGCGGUCCAGGGCGGCUCAAGGCAGAAGUCGGCCCUAGGGGUCCCCACCUGACCCCGUGCCCCACGCCUGCCCUCCCUGCUCACACCAGUGUUCGCACUUAACUCAGAUCCCCGGAAGGAGCGUCAGGCUGCUCAGUGGGAACUAGCGGGUGGCCACGGGGACUCCUCGAGGGUGACCCGUUGCAGGAGCUGCCCCGUGCCGACCUGACUAGGUGUGGGCAAGCCUGCCUGCUCCCCAGGCAGGCCCCCUGGGGACAGGCGGGGUCCUCGGUAGAGCUGGCACCUGACGGGGCUCGCGUCCCGCAGUCCGCACACCCGUGCGGGCCUCGAGGCUGGCCGCCGCUUCGAGCUCACGGCGAGCAAGCUGCUUUUCUCGUGUCGUUUUGUUGCCGAGGUGUGCUAAAGGCCCCAUCGCGCCGUCCCUCAGUUAAGCACGGACUCUUCCGCUGUCACUUUCUUUGUCCCUCACACGCAGUGACUUUAAUUUCACUUUUGUAGCGUAACCUCGUCACCACGUGCAGUGCAGUUGCGCGCGCAGACACGGGCCGGGAGGGCGAGCCCUGCGUCCUUCCUCCAGUGAACCGCGUUUUACUCACAAAUAAAAUUCUUUCAGCAGCUCCCUCGUCCGAACCUGGCGAGCACUUUCA